CUUUACUGUAUUUUCUUUUACAACAAUGUCUGCCGAAACCGAGACCUUUUCCUUCCAAGCUGAGAUUUCUCAGUUGAUGAGUUUGAUCAUCAACACCUUCUAUUCCAACAAGGAAAUCUUCUUGCGUGAAUUGAUCUCCAACUCUUCUGAUGCUUUGGAUAAGGUUCGUUACCAAUCUUUGACUGAUCCUUCUGUCCUUGAUGCCGAAAAGGAACUCUACAUUCGUAUUACCCCUGACAAGCAAAACAACAUCUUGUCUAUCCGUGAUACUGGUAUCGGUAUGACUAAGGCUGACUUGGUUAACAACUUGGGUACUAUUGCCAAGUCCGGUACUAAGGCUUUUAUGGAAGCUUUGUCUUCUGGUGCUGAUAUCUCCAUGAUUGGUCAAUUCGGUGUUGGUUUCUACUCUGCUUACCUUGUUGCUGAUAAGGUCCAAGUCAUCACCAAGCACAACGACGAUGAACAAUACAUCUGGGAAUCUGCUGCUGGUGGUUCUUUCACCAUUACCCGUGACACCGUCAACCCUUCUAUUGGUCGUGGUACUGAAAUGCGUCUCUUCAUGAAGGAAGAUCAACUUGAAUACCUUGAUGAAAAGAAGAUCAAGGAUAUCGUCAAGAAGCACUCUGAAUUCAUCUCUUACCCCAUUCAACUCGUUGUUGAAAAGGAAGUCGAAAAGGAAGUUUCUGAUGACGAAGAGCCUGCCUCUGAAGAAGGUGCCAAGAUCGAAGAAGUCACUGAUGAAGAUGAUAAGAAGGAUGAAAAGAAGAAGAAGACCAUCAAGGAAACUGUCACUGAAAACGAAGAGUUGAACAAGACCAAGCCUCUCUGGACUCGUAACCCUGAGGAUGUCAAGCCUGAAGAAUAUGCCGAAUUCUACAAGGCCCUCUCCAACGACUGGGAAGACCACUUGGCUGUCAAGCACUUCUCUGUUGAAGGUCAACUUGAAUUCCGUGCCAUCCUCUACGUUCCCAAGCGUGCUCCCUUCGAUAUGUUCGAAACUAAGAAGAAGAGAAACAACAUCAAGUUGUACGUCCGUCGUGUCUUCAUCAUGGAUGACUGUGAAGAUUUGAUCCCUGAAUGGCUCAGCUUCGUCAAGGGUGUUGUUGACUCUGAAGAUCUCCCUCUUAACAUUUCUCGUGAAAUGCUCCAACAAAACAAGAUCUUGAAGGUCAUCCGUAAGAACUUGGUUAAGAAGUGUCUUGAAAUGUUCCAAGAAAUUGCCGAAGAUAAGGAAAACUUUGACAAGUUCUACGAAGCUUUCAGCAAGAACAUCAAGUUGGGUAUCCACGAAGACUCUCAAAACCGUGGUAAGCUCGCUGACUUGUUGCGUUACCACUCUACCAAGUCUGGUGAUGAAACUACUUCCUUCAAGGACUAUGUCACACGUAUGCCCGAGAAGCAAAAGAACAUCUACUACAUCACUGGUGAAUCUCGUGCUGCUGUUGAAAACUCUCCCUUCCUUGAAGGUUUCAAGAAGAAGGGUAUUGAAGUUCUUUUGAUGACUGACCCCAUUGAUGAAUACGCCACUACUCAACUCAAGGAAUACGAAGAUAAGAAGUUGGUCUGUAUCACCAAAGAUGGUCUUGAACUCGAAGAAGAUGAAGAAGAAAAGAAGGCUCGUGAAGCUGAAAAGGCCGAAUACGAAGACCUCUGCAAGUCUGUCAAGGAAAUCCUCGGUGACAAGGUUGAAAAGGUUGUCCUCUCUUCUAUGUUGACUGACUCUCCUUGUGUCUUGACCACCGGUCAAUUCGGUUGGUCUGCCAACAUGGAACGUAUCAUGAAGGCUCAAGCUCUCCGUGAUUCUUCCAUGUCCAGCUACAUGGCCUCCAAGAAGACUCUUGAACUUAACCCUGGUCACCCCAUCAUCAAGGCUCUUAAGUCCAAGAUCUCCGCUGAUGCUAAUGACCGUACUGCCAAGGACCUCGUUACUUUGUUAUACGAAACCUCCUUGUUGACUUCUGGUUUCUCUCUUGAUGACCCUAGCUCUUUCGCUACCCGUAUCAACCGUAUGGUCUCUCUUGGUCUCUCUAUUGACGAAGAUGAACUCGCCACUGCUGAUGAACCCGCUACUGAAGCUGCUGCCGAAGACAACGCCGAAGUCUCCAAGAUGGAAGAAGUUGAUUAAAUUGUAUGAUGUCUUUAUUUUUUCUUUUUCUGUAUACUCUUUAUUUGUUUAUUCUUGAUUCUUUUAUAAAACUAGCAGACUCAAAAGAGCCUGCUUUUAUUUGUUGUAAUAAAUCAGUGCACUUAUAGCACUACCCUUAAAAUUUGUAAAUAAAAGAAUGAAAUCGCUUUUCUAUCACUUAAAA